AUGUCCACUGAAACUGCUUUGUCCUACGCCUCCUUGAUCUUGGCUGAUGCUGAAGUCGAAAUCACCUCUCAAAAGUUGUUGACUUUAACUGAAAAGGCUAAAAUUGAAAUCGAUGGUAUCUGGGCUGACUUGUACGCCAAGGCCUUAGAAGGUAAGGACUUGAAGGAAUUCUUCUUCAACUUCUCUUCUGCUCCUGCUGCUGCUGCUGCUCCAGGUGCUGCUGCUGGUGGUGCUGCUGCUGAAGCUGAAGCUGAAGAAGAAGCCGUUGAAGAAAAGGAAGAAUCCGAUGACGACAUGGGUUUCGGUUUGUUUGAUUAA